UCCCUACACUGUCUCCUUCUCUGUCGAUACCUCCAAAAAGCCCCCACCCCGCCAUUAUUGAUCCAUCAUCACACAUCAAACCUCUUCGCCAAAAAGUUUUCAUUCCCCACAAUCAUUUUUCCCCCUAUCUUUUUGCUAAUUCCUUCAUGAUCAUGCUCCAUAGUCUGUUAACCCCUCUCCACCACCACCCCGCCAAUAAUUCAUCCAUGUCCGCCGCCGGGAAGCGCGCCGUUGACCUGUCGAGCACUUCCGAUGAGGAACCCAUCAAGCGCCGGAGGUCUCAUCUUUCCCUCGAGGAAGACCUACAAGCUGAGGAAGAGGAGGAGGUGGAGCAGCUCCACCCCGCCGCCUGUGAGGAUGAUGGCGACUCCACGGGGCUCCGCCUGCUCGGGCUGCUUUUACAGUGCGCGGAAUGCGUGGCCAUUGACAACCUAGAUGAUGCCGGGCGGCUUCUCCCCGAGAUAGCCGAGCUGUCCUCUCCGUUCGGGUCCUCCGCCCAACGUGUCGGCGCGUACUUCGCUGACGCCCUGUCUUCGCGGAUCAUCAGCUCGUACCUUGGUACCUACUCCCCCCUCUCUCCUUUCUCCAAAACCCACGUCCAAAAACGCCUCAGCGCCGUCCAAAUCUACAAUUCCGUCGCCCCUUUGAUCAAAUUCUCGCAUUUCACGGCUAAUCAGGCCAUCCAGCAGGCCGUCGAUGGCGCCGAUCACGUUCACGUCAUCGAUCUAGACAUCAUGCAGGGCCUCCAAUGGCCAGGAUUGUUCCAUAUCCUCGCCUCGAAAACGCGGAAGAUCAAGUCGUUCAGAAUCACCGGGCUCGGAUCUUCAGCAGAGCUGCUGAGCUCCACCGGCCAGCGUUUAGCUGAAUUCGCAAGUGCACUUAGCAUUCCAUUCCAAUUCCAUCCCCUGGAAGGAAAAAUCGGUUACAUAAAGGACAUCAAUGAAUUGAACAUCAAAUUGGGAGAAGUUGUGGUGGUGCAUUGGAUGCAUCAUUGCUUGUACGACGUAACGGGGAGCGAUUUAGGAGCUUUAAGAAUCCUGUCUUUGAUCAGGCCCAAGUUGAUAACCAUUGUGGCGCAGGAUUUGAGCCAUGGGGGAAGUUUCUUGGGGCGGUUUGUUGAAGCGUUGCAUUACUAUUCGGCAUUGUUUGACGCUUUGGGGGAAGGAUUAGCAGCGGAGAGCGAGGAGAGGCACACAGUGGAGCAGCAGCUAUUUGGGAGUGAGAUUAGGAACAUUGUGGCUGUGGGCGGGCCGAAACGGACAGGCGAGGUGAAGGUGGAGAAAUGGGGGGAUGAGUUAUUUAAGGUGGGGUUCCGGCCAGUUUCCCUGGCGGGUAAUCCUGCUGCUCAAGCGACCCUGUUGCUUGGAAUGUUCCCUUGGCAGGGGUAUACAUUGGUGGAGGAAAAUGGAUGCUUGAAGCUAGGGUGGAAGGAUUUAUCAUUGCUCACGGCCUCGGCAUGGCAGCCCUCAGAUUAGCAUGGUUGCCCAACAACCCAUUUGUCAUUGGGAUGUGAGAAUGAAAAUCGAAACUUGGCACAUUGUCAAGAAUUCAUCAAAUGGUGAUUAUAAUGGGGGUUCUAAAGACUUACAAGGUGUUUCACUGAGUUUAUAAGCUCUGUAAAAUAUUUUAUAAGAUGUUGAAGAGCUUAUAAGAUAUUUGUAACGUCGGGUAGAUCUUUCAGGAAAUGAGCUUAUAGAAUUCAGAAAUAAGAUGUUAGGAGCUCAACUUGAUUUUCCGGCAAUGAAGUUUGUUUUUGUUAUGUGAGAAAGUAGUUAGGGACUUGGCACAUUGUCAAGAAUUGAUCAACUGCUGCUGCUGAUGGGGUUUACAGAGAGUUUAAGAUUUUGAAAGGUCUCAUAACAAUGUGAGAAGAUAUCGAUGUUCUUAGUUUUGAUUUAAUAAUGGGGGGAUUAAUGAAUCACAUUCGCAAGGUCAACUUGUUCGCUUUAAAUUUCUACGUGUCAUGAGGAUGAUGCAUUGCAUUUGUUCAUCCUGAUACAUGUUAUACCUUCAUGGCCAAAAUGGAAAAGGUUGCGCCAAUUCAUAGACUGAUAAACAUUGGUUUCAUGGUGUCUUUUCCA